GCUAAAUGUAGAAUGUUGUAGAGCGUAUUAUUGGGAAGGAUUGUGGUGCUGAAAGUUGGGGUGUUAGAGGUGGAAUUGCUGGAGUUUUGGGGAGCACUGUUACUGCCAGGCUAUUGUUUAAUCUGUUAUUGACCUUUGUGUUCUCUCUUCUAGGAUUCCUGCAGCCUCCGAGAAAAUGGCUGUAAGUCCCAAACCACAAUCCAGCAUGUCUCCUUCACUGUACCCUCCUCGCUAUGCGUGUCUCAGUCAGUGUUCUCUCCUCGCUAUGUGUGUCUCAGUCCGUGUUCUCUCCUCGCUAUGUGUAUCUCAGUCCGUGUUCUCUCCUCGCUAUGUGUGUCUCAGUCUGUUUUCUCUCCUCGCUAUGCGUGUCUCAGUCUGUGUUCUUUCCUCGCUAUGUGUGUCUCAGUCUGUUUUCUCUCCUCGCUGUGCGUGUCUCAGUCCGUGUUCUCUCCUCGCUAUGCGUGUCUCAGUCUGUGUUCUUUCCUCGCUGUGCGUGUCUCAGUCCGUGUUCUCUCCUCGCUAUGCGUGUCUCAGUCUGUGUUCUUUCCUCGCUAUGUGUAUCUCAGUCCGUGUUCUCUCCUCGCUAUGCGUGUCUCAGUCUGUGUUCUUUCCUCGCUGUGCGUGUCUCAGUCCGUGUUCUCUCCUCGCUAUGCGUGUCUCAGUCUGUGUUCUUUCCUCGCUAUGUGUAUCUCAGUCUGUGUUCUCUCCUCGCUGUGCGUGUCUCAGUCUGUGUUCUCUCCUCGCUAUGUGUGUCUCAGUCCGUGUUCUCUGCUCGCUAUGUGUGUCUCAGUCUGUGUUCUCUCCUCGCUAUGCGUGUCUCAGUCCGUGUUCUCUCCUCGCUAUGCGUGUCUCAGUCCGUGUUCUCUCCUCACUAUGUGUGUCUCCGUCCGUGUUCUCUCCUCGCUGUGUGUAUUUCAGUCCGUGUUCUCUCCUCUCUGUGUGUCUUAGUCCGUGUUCUCUCCUCGCUGUGCGUGUCUCCAUCCGUGUUCUCUCCUCGCUAUGUGUAUUUCAGUCCGUGUUCUCUCCUCGCUAUGUGUAUCUCAGUCCGUGUUCUCUCCUCACUAUGUGUGUCUCAGUCCGUGUUCUCUCCUCACUAUGUGUGUCUCAGUCUGUUUUCUCUCCUCGCUGUGUGUGUCUCAGUCCGUGUUCUCUCCUCACGUGUUCUCUCCUCACUAGUGUGUGUCUCAGUCCGUGUUCUCUCCUCACUAUGUGUGUCUCAGUCCGUGUUCUCUCCUCACUAUGUGUGUCUCAGUCCGUGUUCUCUCCUCGCUAUGCAUGUCCCAGUCUGUGUUCUUUCCUCGCUGUGCGUGUCUCAGUCCGUGUUCUCUCCUCGCUAUGCGUGUCUCAGUCUGUGUUCUUUCCUCGCUAUGUGUAUCUCAGUCCGUGUUCUCUCCUCGCUAUGCGUGUCCCAGUCUGUGUUCUUUCCUCGCUAUGUGUGUCUCAGUCUGUGUUCUCUCCUCGCUAUGUGUGUCUCAGUCCGUGUUCUCUGCUCGCUAUGUGUGUCUCAGUCUGUGUUCUCUUCUCUCUGUUUGUGUCUCAGUCCGUGUUCUCUCCUCGCUAUGUGUAUAUCAGUCCGUGUUCUCUCCUCGCUGUGCGUGUCCCAGUCUGUGUUCUCUCCUCGCUAUGUGUGUCUCAUUCCGUGUUCUCUCCUCACUGUGCGUGUCUCAGUCCGUGUUCUCUCCUCGCUAUGUGUGUAUCAGUCCGUGUUCUCUCCUCGCUGUGCAUGUCUCAGUCUGUGUUCUCUCCUCGCUGUGCGUGUCUCCGUCCGUGUUCUCUUCUCGCUGUGUGUAUUUCAGUCCGUGUUCUCUCCUCUCUGUGUGUCUUAGUCCGUGUUCUCUCCUCGCUGUGCGUGUCUCCAUCCAUAUUCUCUCCUCGCUAUGUGUAUUUCAGUCCGUGUUCUCUCCUCGCUAUGUGUAUCUCAGUCCGUGUUCUCUCCUCGCUAUGUGUGUCUCAGUCCGUGUUCUCUCCUCGCUGUGCGUGUCUCAGUCCGUGUUCUCUCCUCUCCUUUCUGCCAACAUACUACACAGGACUUUAUGAUUAAUAUACAUUUCAUAUAAUCCCACUGCCUGCACUCUAUAUUCUCACAUUGUCUUGUUUACAGGCUCUCACAGCUCCCGCUGUCUCGUCGUCCGCAGCCACCACCACCACCACUGAGCUGGCUGUUCCUCUCCCUGGGGUCGUAUUCCUUGCCGUCUCAUUGUAUCUCAUUGUGUUGCUGUUUCUUCUUCUCCUUCAUCAGUGUUUAAAGGUGAGAAUGUUUCCUCAGCUCGGCCAUUUCUUUCUGUUCAAUCAUUUUCCUGACUAUCUUUUAUAUCUGCUCUUUCUCUUACAGGCCCGAGGGUGCUGCCCAUCAUGUAUGGGUUGGCAGAGGGUUGGUGAGCUGGGAGUUUGUGAUAUGUGCGUGAGCUGUGCCCAGUCAUGUGAUUGCAGAGUCCCCUCGGUCACAAGGUGUAUGGACAGCUGCUGUCCCUCUAAGAAGGUGAGCUCCACAUUGUCUCACUUUACGUACAAGGAAGGGGAACAUGUUUGGGUACAAUACAGGAAAGUGAUGGAGUCUGGGAUGUAAUAGAUCUUUUCAUUGAUUUGCACAAAAGACCCCCCUUCACUCCUGCAUCCCUUACCUGGCAUUUUCCCACUCUCUCCCCUACCCCUUUUCCAUGGCCUUUUCCCUCCUUUGCCACUUAGCUAUCCUUCUCCCCCUUCACCACUCCCUUUGAUUGCCCCUUCCCUAGCCUUUUCCUUUUCUGGCCUUUUCCCUCCCUUGCCCCUUCCCUAGCCUUUCCCCCUUCUUCUUUUUUUCCUACCCUUCCAUUUUUGCUCUUUCCCUGACCUUACAUGGUUCCAUUUUGUGUGAUAGUAUAAUUGGGAGGUUUUCUCUCUGGGAUUUAGUCUAUUGCUGCUUCCUGACCAUCUCUCUCUCCAUCUAUCAGUGUUGUGGAGAUUGCCGCUGUCCGUCAAGUUGUCCUCUCUGUGACUUCGCCUGCACUUACCAACCGCCUGACUGCAACCUCAUCAACUGCAUCUGCUUUGAGAUAAAGCUCCGGUGAUGGUAGCGGUGAGGCCGUGAGACUUGCAUCUCCAAGAGUGGACUUCUGUAGGAAAUGUGCUGCUCCUGAGCUGUGUGAAUCCUUUCAUCUCUUUGUGUUCUCGAUCCCACUUACCUAGGAGUGCGGUCUUAUCGACCUGUGUUUUAGUCUGUCCUUUCUCCAAUGUUUUAUCUUUCAGGAUAAUUGGGGCAUAGGCGUUCUUACCUGUUAUGAAGCAACAAACCGCUGUUAUAAUGGGUAAUCUACUCCUACUACAACCCAUGUGGCCAACUGAUUCAAACCUCCUUUUCCCUCAGUCUGCCGUAGCAAAGGAUCAUGGGACUUGCUGAUUUUAACUUUCGCACAGGUCUAUUCCACCCGAGCAGGAGUUUCCAAAUUUGAGGCCUUUUUUUUUUUUUUUUUUUAAAUAUUCAGACUAAUGAAAUUGGUGGCCAAAGGAAAAAAGUGCAUACUGGACCAAUAAUGUCUAAUCAAGUUUUAAAGUGUUUGUAUUUAUAUUUUCUUACUUUAAAUGAACUUUUUGUUUUUAUUUUGGAAUGAAAGUAUGUCCUUUAUUUAAAACUAUAUAUUUUUGUAACUAUUUUUGUGCAUU